CCAGCCUGGGACGCGCACCCACGCACACACCCACAGUCACCCAGAAGGAUCCGAGUCUCCGGGGCGCCGCUCCUUAAGACCGGAGUCGUCCCUCCAUCCCUCCCCCAACCCCGGAGCCCCAGGCCGGGACCCCGGAUCCGACGUCCCCAAGCCUCCGGUCACCUGGCUCAGCAGGAGGCCCCCGGGUCAGGGCACGGCAGGGCCGGCGACGGCGAGCCGGAGCCCGCCCAGUGCCCGGACCCCGCUGAGCCCUCGGAGCCCACCCAUGGGGCCCCGGCUCCGCUCGCCUCCUCGGCCGGCCGCGCCCAGCCCGGCGCCCCGAGCCGCGCAGAGGAGGAUCCCUGCGCAGUGACCCGGGAGCCGCCGCGGACGCUGGGAGGCUCGGCGGCUGGAGCGGCAGGCGGUUCUCCGCACCUCCAGGCGCUUCCAGGCAGCCCCCCGAGCCGAUCCAGAGGCCCGGGGGCCCGGCCUUCCCAGCCCCGAGCCAUGAUGAAGACCUUGUCCAGCGGGAACUGCACGCUGAGCGUGCCCGCCAAGAACUCCUACCGCAUGGUGGUGCUGGGCGCCUCCAGGGUGGGCAAGAGCUCCAUCGUCUCCCGCUUCCUCAAUGGCCGCUUCGAGGACCAGUACACCCCCACCAUCGAGGACUUCCACCGCAAGGUCUACAACAUCCGCGGCGACAUGUACCAGCUGGACAUCCUGGAUACCUCUGGCAACCACCCCUUCCCCGCCAUGCGGAGGCUGUCCAUCCUCACAGGCGACGUCUUCAUCCUGGUCUUCAGCCUGGACAACCGGGAGUCCUUCGACGAGGUCAAGCGCCUCCAAAAGCAGAUCCUGGAGGUCAAGUCCUGCCUGAAGAAUAAGACCAAGGAGGCGGCCGAGCUGCCCAUGGUCAUCUGCGGCAACAAGAACGACCACAGCGAGCUGUGCCGCCAGGUGCCCGCCACCGAGGCCGAGCUGCUGGUGUCGGGCGACGAGAACUGUGCCUACUUCGAGGUGUCGGCCAAGAAGAACACCAACGUGGACGAGAUGUUCUACGUGCUCUUCAGCAUGGCCAAGCUGCCCCACGAGAUGAGCCCCGCGCUGCACCGCAAGAUCUCGGUGCAGCACGGCGACGCCUUCCACCCCCGGCCCUUCUGCAUGCGCCGCGUCAAGGACACGGGCGCCUACGGCAUGGUGUCGCCCUUCGCCCGCCGCCCCAGCGUCAACAGUGACCUCAAGUACAUCAAGGCCAAGGUCCUUCGGGAGGGCCAGGCCCGGGAGAGGGACAAGUGCACCAUCCAGUGAGAGGGAGGGACCCAGGGGAGGGGCUCGGGCAGUGCCUUAAGGGAGGUGGCCCCAGACGCCCGCUGCGGUGUCCCCAAGAGCUCAGCAGCAUUGUGUUCAAAGACCUUUGGCACCAGCCCGAGGCCCAGGCGCCAGGCCCUGAGCAUUCUGCCCUCGCCACUUCCCUCUUGUCCUCUUGUCCGUGGCUUCCCCGGACUUCGGCUGCUCCGUGGGAAGACCAACGUAUCCCUGGGGACAGGGGCCAACCAGGAGCUGUCAGGACCGAUGCGGGCCCUGAGUUGGAGCCUUCCGGUCGCUGGGUUGGGAGACAAGCUGAUGCUAGAGGUCGGGAGCCUCCGAGGACAAGUUGCGGACUGAGAGUCCAACAGCUGGACAGGAGCGGCUUCCGGCAGGGGGACCCUGGCGGCCAUGUCCACCCACCUGCUGCUCCCGGAUGUCGAGCCAGUGUGUGUGGGGGGGGGAGGGGCGGCGCGCCCACCAGGCCACGCCCUCCCAGACCACGCCCACCAGCCCUCCCAGGCCACGCCCACGUGAGCCACACCCUCGGGGCUGCUGUCUGACCCCCGCGGCUUCCUUUGCGGCUCGUGCUGUGUUAGUGGUAGACAGGGAAGCCUCGCCACCCGUCCUUGCCUAGGGCCCCAACUUCAGAUUCCCUGCCUCCUCUGGGGACACCUUCCUCUCAUGCUCCAGACAGGGUCCCGUGGUCUGUCUGCACGUAACCAUUGGCCUGUAAGGGAGCGGAUUGCGCUGUUCCCAGACACUUGCAGGCCUCUGGGCAGGCAGGCGGCCACUGAGACAGGAGGGGAAGGUGACGUGGCCCAGGCCCGCCCUGCCUCCUAGCUAGAUCAGGGCAGAGCUCUGUGGCAGGGAGCGGGCUGUCCUCUACUCUGUUCAUUCCUGGAGCAUUUACUGAGCACCUACUGAGUGCUAGGAAACAGAGAGGGUGAGGGGCUCACAUCCCCAGCUCUGGCCUCUGUCCACCUCGAUGCCUCAAAAGGAGGGGCAGCUGAGGUCAGAGCAGAGCCUGGGAGGAGGCAGGAGAAAGGCUCCUGCGGGCCUCUCCUGGUGCCCAGGCCACAGGUCUGAACUGGGAGCCCCAAGGCACUAACCACUGAGCCGCACCUCCAGCCCUUUUUAUUUUUUUAUUUAAGAGAAAGGGUCUCACUAAGUUGCUUAGGGCCUUGCUAAGUUGCUGAGGCUGGCUUUGAAAUUGAGAUCCUCGUGCCUCAGCCUCCUGAGUCACUGGGAUUAUGGGCAGGCACCACCAGGCCCAGCUGUCAACAGAUACAGUUUAUGUUCUAAUCUCCUGAAAAAUAUUGAAGUUUAAGGUCACAGGAAACCACAAUAGUCACUGAGUGAGUUUUCGGAGGCCCAGGAAGGUAAGCCCCAUCCGUGCCCAGGUCACCCAGUCAAAGUGGCAGAAGCAGGACUAGCUCUGGCCCUUUCGCCCCCUCGCUCGAUGCUUCUUCAGGGAUCUGGGGCGUCUGACCCCUGUUGCCCCGGGAGGUCCCUAUGGGCAGUGUGGACAUGUGCCCACAGGUGAAUGCAGACGCCCCCGGCCCCGGCUCCGCACACCUGGCCCCUGCCUGCGUCUUGUCCCCGCCCGCCAUCAGUGCAGCAGCUCUACCCCCGCUCUGUCUCCUGGCUGUCCAUCCUCCCAGUCAGAACCCUCGGAGCAGACCAGCCACCUGUCCACAGGCGUGUGGGGCCUGGUCUCACCCUGUCACCCUCACUGUCCCGGACCUCUUCGUUCACUAUCAAUUAAAGUGGAUUUGUUACGAA